AAAGUCAGAAGCUCGGAAACAAAGCCACGCCUUCUGGCUUUUCCUACUCUGCUGUUCAAAUAUCAGAUGCCACCUCCUCUGGUUCUGACUCAAGGGGCUGCCGGGACAGCCACAGGCCAGAGAGACUGCGGACGACCUACUCUUCCUCAUCCUUCCAGGCACCACCCAGCAAAGGGCAAAGGAGUUCCUUCCUUUACUAACCAGCCAGCUGGCCUCAGACAGCUAGGAGCUCUUAGCUGAAACAAACCCUCCCACCUUCUUUCCUUGGAGGGCAGCAGGGGUCCCAGGUUUCUGGGGACUUGGGCUGUCUUUGCUCCUCCCCUGUGGGGCAGAGCCUAGUGGGGGCCAGUGCGUUAGUACAGUGAUGUCAUAGUUGAACAAUUUCACUUUCCUUUUUCUCCUCUUUGGAGGGCUCCGAAGGAGUUCUCUCUGGGCUUCCCAGAGUCUCAGAGCGGGGGUUCAGUCUGCCCUGAGCCAAGUUCAGGGUCCCUUGGGGUCUGCGUAGGGGAUGGCAGGAGGAGACAAUGGACUCAGCAGCAGGAUGAUCCCAGAAAACCAGAAUGGAGAGCAGUCAGAUGACUAUCAGCUAAUGUUCAAGCUCUUCAAAGAAAACAAGGUGGAGAUUGCAAGUGCCAUCACCAAGCUAUUUCCUUUCCUCAUGAGCCUUCGAGACCGAGACUUCAUCUCGGAGCAGAAGUAUCAGGAAUGUCAAGAAACAUGUAAGAACCUGGUUCCAGUGGACAGAGUGGUGUAUGACAUCCUCAGUGACAUACAGAAGAAGUUUAGCCGGGAUCUUCUGAAAGUGAUAUUCAGCAACGUGCAUCUGAAGGCCUACCCUGACUUACAGGAGAUUCUAAAACACUUCCUAAGUGCAUCCUACAGUCCUGGAAAUACACAAAUGAGUGCUGGACAGGCAGAGGAGGUGCCCAGCCUUCCACAGUGCAAUGGAGGAGAUGAGCGAGACUUCACUUGCCAGUCAGCUGAGGGAAGGAGUUCUCCUGAACAAAUGUGUGAUGGACAAGAGCCUCAGGACAACCUGCCCUCCUCCCUGAGAUGUGAAGCAGCAUCCUACAGUCCUGGAAAUACACAAAUGAGUGCUGGACAGGCAGAGGAGGUGCCCAGCCUUCCACAGUGCAAUGGAGGAGAUGAGCGAGACUUCACUUGCCAGUCAGCUGAGGGAAGGAGUUCUCCUGAACAAAUGUGUGAUGGACAAGAGCCUCAGGACAACCUGCCCUCCUCCCUGAGAUGUGAAGCAGCAUCCUGUAGUCCUGGAAAUACACAGACGAAUGCUGAACAAGCAGAGGAGGCGCCCAGCCUUCCACAGUGCAAUGGAAGAGAGGGAAGUAGUUCUUGUGAACAAAUGUGUGAUGGACCAGAUCCCCAGGAUGAACUGUCCUCAUCACUGAGACGUGACACAGGAGCACAACAACCCACAAGUGAAGAGAGGUGUACCUGUGUCAUGUGUUCCCCAACAUAUGUGCCAGAAGACCUAGAAGCAAGGAUGGGAAGCAGUCAAGGAGGAAAAAAGAAAGGUUACAACUGGUCAAAACCAAAGCGGAGGAAGCCAAUGAUUGUACGGAGAAAAUAUGGCAGAAGAGCCGUUACCCAGGCAGUUUUCAGGAGAAAGAAAAUGAAGAACCCAGGACUCUCUGCUAAGAUCAGGGGUCCAAGAAGGCACGGGAAGGAAAUGGCCAAUUUUAACGCGGAGUUGCUACCUGUGACGUGUGGUAACUUGAAGGGAGUAUUACACAAGGAUAAAUUCAAACAAGGGAUAUCUGUGAUGUCUAUACAGUGCCAGGAUGGGAACUGGGUCACACCCCCUGAAUUUGAAAUCAUGGGAGGCCAUGGAAGAUCAAAGAACUGGAAAUUGAGUCUGCGGUGCUAUAAUUGGCCCCUGAAACUUCUGAUCCAGAGAAAUUUUCUACCCAUUCCUCCACGGAUAUAUGGCAAGAGAAAAAAGGUGAGUGCUCACCACGUGACUUUACAUACAUCAGUAUCUUACUGAUGGUGCCUGAGUUGGGCUGUUAUACUUAGUCACCUCUCAUUUCCUCCUCUACUGCUUUCUUUGCUGGUUUUCAGCCUGUGCCUUCCCUCAUGCUCCUGUAGUGUGGGUAGAGCAAGAUCUUCCUUGAAUGUUAACUGCUUUAAGUUGGAGAUGUUAGAGAGCCAGCAGCAUAGACUUCAACAAGCCACAUAUCACUGGACACUGGCUUCAUAGCUCACUGACUGAGAAACUGAACUCCAGGCUAGCAUAUAAUUUGUCUUGGCCACUAUUGUCAAGCUUGCUUGAACUCUGAAUCCCCCAGACAUUUCAUCCACUCUGUUUCUAGAAGUAAGCUCUGAUCUAACCUGCUCAACAAUUACUUUAAAGGCCAGUGCCUCUGUCUUCCCCCAUAGGCCAAGAGUAUCUCAGCCUGGAUCGCUCAAACAAGCUAGAAAUGUCUAGCCUAUGAAACCCUCCUUAGUUCUUGGGUGCAGUAUUUCAUAGCAACAAGGGGCGGUUGCCUCUUAUUUUGUGUCUCUGUUUGUAAGAACAGAAUUCCCAGUGAAACAGAAUCCAAGAUCCAUUUCCAUUUUCCUAAGUCUCCCAGGGCCUCUUCAUCUACUCAGAGGCAUGGACUCUGGAAAUUUCCACGUCACAGUCAGCAUCACAUGACAGGACUUUUUAAACUGGCUGGUGAUGACUGGUUUGUGUCAGGAAGUCUUGGAUCCCCAUCAUAACCGUCAUUUCUGAGUGAUGACAUCUGCAUUGAGACAUCCAGAGUCUCUUUUCCUAAGCGAAGCCUUAUUUACUCGUCUGUGUGAUGCUUCAUUCUAAAGAACACACAGAGAAUGCCCAAGGACUGGAAGAGAAGAUCAUAACAAGAGCCCUCUCUGACUGACCCUGAGUGUUUUGUCAAAGUUGCUGUCUACGUUAAAUAAUGAUCAAUAGGGUGAAGUGGGGGAUUCUAGACCAGUGGGUAGUGACAGGACCACCCCUCAGGUGAGUAUAUCCUAGAUCAUGCUUGUCUCCAGCUCUCAGCCCAGGGCUGGAGUUAAGAGCUGUGACUCCCUGUAUCACAGAAGGGAAGAAUGAAAAGACACCACAGUGGAUGUGCCAAAGCAAUGUGAAUUCUACUGUUGCUUCUUAGCAUUGUGGCCAGCAUGGCAUCUUUUUGAGAUUUGAAUAGAGAGGAGGGAGGCCACCAAGUGGAAGAGCUGUGGCCCCGGGGAGCCUUAGUUUCAUUUGAUUUUCAGGGGGAGCUACAGAAAGUGAUGGAUUUUUCUUUCUGGGGUCACUUGGACUCUAGAAAUCUGAGCCUUAUGGGUUCUUGAAUACGAUUGGUUCAUCUUCAGCCUCAUUCUCAUGGUACUACUCUGCAGUAGAGUACAUGUGUGGCCAACACAUCCUGGGUUGGCAAGUUGAAAGAAAAUGGCCUAGAGCCUUGAAUGCUCAAGGAUAAGUAGAAUUAUUUAUUUAGAAACCAGGUCCUGCCUCCUUGCAUGACUUCACAAAGGCACCUUGGGGACUAGAACCAGCAAGUAGAAUUUGCUUUCAUCCAAACAGUAGUUCGAUGAUCCUCUUUUUCUCCUACUAGAUACACAGAUCCAUAAAAAUAGAUAUAAGGGGGGAGGGAGAAAUAGAUGUUUUAAGAGAAACACUUUAGACAGAAUGAAUUAAAUCAGCAUUUUCAAUCGAAGAAUUUAAGAGUGAAUACACUCUGCCAACAGUUCUUGGGAAACCCCCUGCAGGUGCAUGAGGCCAUAACUUCUACAAGCUACAGUGUCUCCUUUGAUCUUGCUGUUCACAUUAUCCACUAAUUAGUUUAUGUGGGAACUAAACAAGCUCAACACUUGAGUUGUUCCUACCUAUGAGCUCCUCAAUAAUUAAACAAAUUUUAUAGGCAAGAUGGCACAUGGCUGGAAUCCCAGCACAUGGAAUGUAAAAGCAGAAGGAUCAGGAGUUCAAGGCCAGCCUGGGCUAAAGUGAGACAUAUCUCAGAAGUAAGAUUAAUGCUGGUGACGAUAAAACAAAUUUAAGUAACUAUCAUUUGACUACUUGAAUGGAUAAUCAUAUUUUUUUUUUUCGGAGCUGGGGACCGAACCCAGGGCCUUGAGCUUGCUAGGCAAGUGCUCUACUAAAUCCACAACCCGGGAUAAUCAUAUCUUAGACUUAAUAUUAUCACUCAAAUUUUAUUUUAGAAGAGAACACAAAGUUUGCAUCAUUUCCCAGCGGACCCAGACGUAAGUACUGACUCCUAAUUAUAAUCCCUGAAAAGCCCCAGCCUUCUUCUUGGUGCGUUGUCUCUCCCUUAAAGGGACCCACCUGUCGGUUUAGAUAUGCUGCUGUGAGUAAAGAGUCAUCAUUACCAAACCUAUCCCACAACCAAGGUAGGAGAAGUCACUGUGGGUGUUUGGGUCAGAAGCAUCUGACUACAUGGGAUCAUAUAUUCUCAUUUACCCUCAAAGUGGGAGACAGAGUUCUAGAUUACUGGGGUCCCUGGGACAGAACCUGGCAUGACAGUGGGCCUGGCUGGCUUUGGAUGAAGGGUGAAGGGCAAAUACAGGAGGAGAUACCAUUCCCAAAGGACAGUAAAACAUCCUAGCUCAGAUCCCAUGUGCAGGUAGAACUCAGGAGGCCAGACCUCCUGUGAAAAUUCUAGGUCUGGACCUCUCUUUGUCCCACAGAAAGUUGCCUACAGAGUGAGUAGGUUCUCAUAGAAACCCUGGGACCAGUCUGAAGAGAGCCACAGCCAGCCACAGCUGAUUGGAGGCAAAACCAUCACACCGAGCAAAUCACCAGUCAGCUUGGCUGGUGUUCGGGCGUAGGUAAACCAUCCUAAUACAUAAGGCCCUGUCCAUCCUCUGCUCACCUGUAUCCUUGUACUUUAUGGAGCUUGCUAGAGCAAAGAAACGUUUUUUAUUUUUUCAGUUGGAAAAUAUUUUUAUUGCACCAAUUCAUUUUAGAAAUGAAGAAGACGGGAGCCGGUGUGUAUCUAGGAUCGCAGAGUAUUAGCACCCAAAAAGAAACAUUUUAAAGAAGCUUACAAGUUAGUGGUCAGAAGACAAAGAACUGGGUGGAUUUGAGAAAUGAGAGGACAGAAGCAGGAUAGGUUUGUGGCACAUGGAGCGCGUUAUAUAGAAUGGUAGAGACAAGGAAAAGAUCAGGGAACAGUAGGAACAUGGUUCAGAGUUUAACAGGAUGAGUUUGAGCCGCACCUAGGGAGCCCUUGAGGGGACAUGGCUGAGCACUGGGACAUGAGGAGCUGAGGAGAGUUGAGACACCAUGAGGCUGAGGACACGGGUGGAAACCUGCAGCUGGAAUGACUGUGAUCAUCUGGAGAGACUGUAGCUGCGGAUGGAAACCUGAGGAAUUCCAUCCUUUGCAUGUUAAGGAAGAGAAGGACCUGGGAAGGAAAGUGGUCCAGCAGUAGAGCAAACCACCGAGAAUGAUGCAGAAGGACUUCUUCUGAGGGCAGAAAUUGCCUGGGCUUAGAAUGGUUGGCACUAUCACCUUGGCUACCUCCCUUCUACCUACUCACCCUGUGGUGGCCCAGUCCUCAAGCUGCAAUAAUGUUUGUACCUCAGACAGUCACAAGAAAGUAGAAAAAAUUCCCAACAGUUCAUGGACUACAUAAAAGGAGUGCCCCCCACACUUUUUACAUCUUUUUUCUUUCUUUUCCCCCCUCUUCCUCUCUUCCUUCCUUGAGAGUUUUGAGAUAGGGUCUCAUGUAGACCAACUGACCUCAAAUUCACUAUGUAGCCAAGGAUGAACUUGAACCCCUGAUCCUCCGGUCUCGACGUUCUAGUUGAGAUUCCCAGUCUGUGCCAGUUUUGAAAUUUUUCUGUGUUCCUAUUGAGGCACCUCUCAUUUCUCAAAUUGUCACUGUCACCAUUCUCCUUGAACUUGGGACUAGGAAUGUGUGUUUUCCGGUACACAUGUUAUUCUGAUACUUCUUGGUUCCUGUGUUAACAGUGAUCGUAGGAAAACCCCAGCAACAUGCAAGGGAGAUUAUGAGGAACUCAUUUGAAUACCUUUCUGAAUGACAGGAAACAGACACCCACUGACCAAGGAUCAUAGGUGUUAUUAGGGGCUUCCCAUGGGGGGCAGAGAACUAGUAGACCAUCCUAGGCCUCUCAGCUACUUAUGUCUGUCUCUCUCUCUCUCUCUCUCUCUCUCUCUCUCUCUCUCUCUCUCUCUCUCUCUCUCUGUUGUUGUUACAAGGCUUCAAGCUGUCUUCAAACCCAUGAUUCUAUUGCCUUAAUCUCCUCAGUGGGAUACCUUAAUCCAUAUACCCACCCCAUUUAGGCCUUCUGACUUUUCCAGCUAUUUAGGCAGCAAUAACAUUGAGCCUUAAUUUUGCUGUUAUGCCAGGCUUCCCCCACACAGCAGUUCACUCAUAGUUCACUUCUGGCCCUUGAACACACAUAUAUUUGUAUACCAUACAAUGGAUGUGUAUUGGUCUCUUUAUAAUUGCUCUAUAAAGUCUAUUGGUUUUGAUAAGUAGAUCUUACCUAUAGUAACAAAGAAAAAACAAUGUCAAGGAUUAGCUUUUUCUAGAUGAAAACUAACUUUGACUCUAGGCAGUCUGUACUAGUCUUGGCAAAAAGUUCAACCUCUUUUGACUUGGGGGAUUUUUCCCUUUCAUAGAACGAAGUUCUCUUUUAUGCUUACAGAGAAUAAUGGCAAUGCUUUGGUCUCUGUCUUAGUGGCCUUUCCUUUUAUUAUGAUGCAAUAUCCUGGAAAAGGCACCUUGAAAGAGAAAGAGCUUGACUCACAAUCCUAGAUUACAAUCCAUUUGGGUAGGGAAGUUCAGGGGGUAGGAACCUAAAACUGGUUAUGUUACUGGCAUCACCAAGAGCAGAGAGCAACAGUGAAUGAGUGCACGAUCACGCUCACCUCCCUUUCUCUGCUCACAGACUCCAGGAAGCCUAACCGUAAUUAACAUACUCUA